UCACGAGCACUGUUGCUUUAAGACUACGUCAUCAGCCAGCGACCAUGUCACCGCUUUAAAAACAACAGGCCCAGAUGGCGGUGUCCUCUCGCUCCACCGUGUUAUCUCUCUACAUCCGGGUGUUUCGGAUCGCCCGGGCCUGGCAGGCCCAGACCGGCGCCGCGAGCGACUCGGAGGCGGAGAGGCGGUACAUCGAGCAAGAGGCCCGGUCUCUGUUCAGGCAGAACCAGCCGCUCACAGAUCCAGAAUCCAUAAGGAGAUGCAUAGAGGAAUGUGAAGCCAGGAUAGAAAUAGGUCUGCAUUACAGGAAUCCGUACCCCAGAGCGACCUACCUGCCUCCUCUGGGUCUGGCCACGCAGCGGGGCAGGCGGCUGCGCGCUCAGCAGCGCCUCCGGAAGCAGGCCAAACCCGUCUACCUGCAGUCCCACGACGACACCUGAAGGCGCCGUCCCCGGUUACCAUGGUUACCUCAGAGAGGAAGCCGGAGUCCGCAUCAGGGGCCGAACGUCUGCAAGCGGGUACUGAUCCCAGAUCAGACAUUGUUCAGGAGAAAAAACUUUUUAUUUUUCAUUCAAAGUGUUGGGAAAGUCCAAAAACUGUUUCAUGUUUUAUUCAUCAUCAUGUUUAAUUUAAUCAAUAAAGUGUCUGAAUGUUCAA